AUGGUCACGUACACUGCCCCUCCGACAAUGAGCAAGGCUCACAACAGCUACCCUUUUCCUCCCGGAAGUUAUCAUCCAACCGACCCUUCCUCGGUAGGACCUGCUCAUCCAAUCACCGGCUCGAAAUUUAACCACAAGCUCAAGAAACUCUGGGAACGCCGCCCGAAAUUUAUUGCUCCCGUUGGCACCGGUAACACCACUACCGCAACCCUGCCUUCCCCCAUUCUCCCGCACUCCUUGAGCCCCAAGUUUAGAGGCAAGAAAUCUAAUCGUCGCGUGACAAUUGGCACCGAGAAAAUCGGACACCCUCGGGACUUUAUUCAUUUCAAGCAUGUCGGAAUCCACGAUGUCAGGGAAAUUGCCUACCAACCUCGGCAUUCAAUUGGCGCGGGCGCAUUGUUCGAUUCUGCAGGCUUAGGCUCGUCGCUCUAUCGGACGACGGACUCGGAGCCGGAGUCGCAAUCGGAGGAAGACCAGAAGCCGGCAACGAUGCCUAUGACCCGGCGCCGCUCGCACCACGACCGGCGCUCGCUCGGCUCGCCACCCGUCAUACCCGCGUCUCUGCAUGAGCUCCAGUCCAUACCUCCUCCGCCCCGGUCCAACAAAGUCAAGCGGAAAUCCGUCCCCAUCCAUAUCCUCCAAGACCUCCCCGAAUCACCGCCUCCUCCACCCCCCAGAUCCGUCCGCCAAAGUGAAUCUAGCCCUCCGAAUCGCUACCGCUUCUCCUGUCUAUCGAUUGAGGAUUCUAUCAAGGAACUCAUCAGCUACGCCGACCCUCCCGAGCCUGUGGUAGAUGAAAAGGGAAGACCACUCCAUGUGGUUGGCGGGGAGUACAUGUCCCAGACCGUCAAGGCACGAUGGGACGAGAAGAUGGCCGAAAUCGCCCACUCGUUGAAAGCAGAAGCCGCCGCCUCCUAG